AUGGGGAAUGGCCCCGAUUCACGAGGGCAGCUGGAGAGAAGGGAAGCCUUUAUUCCAGACAGCGUGUCUGCUUGGUUUCCAGAGCAAAAGAAACAUGACAUGAUGCUUUCCUCAUUUUUCUUAGCUUAUUUGGUUCCCACUCUCUUCAGUUCUGGGAACAUUAGGCUGGAAAAAUCUCAAGAGCUCCUUUCCACGGCAGGAGAGGGUAUGGAACAGAAUCUAUCCAUGCCAGAGCUUGAGGAACACAACUACACACAGGCAACCACAUGGCAAGCCCAGCCGGCAGCCGCAGCUGAAAGGGAUGAUGAGCCAACAAUUGAAAAUUUUCAUUGUGACCAACAGCACAUUAGACUCAACAAGUCCAAGAGUCACAGCAGCCUCUUCCCCUUUACCAUCUUGGUGAAUGGGCCUUUGUUCACUGUUCUGGACUUCAGUGAUCCCUUCAGUACUGAGGUGAAGCCCAGAAUCCUGCUCAUGGGCCUGCGGAGGAGUGGCAAGUCAUCUAUUCAGAAAGUUGUCUUUCACAAAAUGUCUCCCAAUGAGACGCUGUUCUUGGAGAGUACUAACAAGAUCUGCCGGGAAGAUGUCUCCAACAGCUCCUUUGUCAAUUUUCAGAUUUGGGACUUCCCAGGACAGAUUGACUUUUUUGACCCAACGUUUGACUACGAGAUGAUCUUCAGGGGAACAGGAGCUCUGAUAUUUGUCAUUGACUCCCAGGACGAUUACAUGGAAGCCCUGGCCAGGCUUCACCUCACUGUGACCAGGGCCUACAAAGUGAACACUGAUAUCAACUUCGAGGUGUUUAUUCAUAAAGUGGAUGGUCUCUCAGAUGACCACAAAAUUGAAACCCAAAGGGAUAUUCACCAGAGGGCAAAUGACGAUCUUGCAGAUGCUGGAUUAGAAAAAAUCCACCUCAGCUUUUAUCUGACAAGCAUAUAUGAUCACUCAAUAUUUGAAGCUUUUAGCAAAGUGGUCCAGAAACUGAUUCCACAACUCCCAACUCUGGAGAAUUUGCUAAACAUCUUUAUCUCGAAUUCUGGAAUUGAAAAGGCAUUUCUAUUUGAUGUGGUCAGUAAAAUUUAUAUUGCUACUGAUAGCACUCCAGUGGAUAUGCAGACUUAUGAGCUCUGCUGUGAUAUGAUAGAUGUGGUUAUUGACAUCUCUUGUAUUUAUGGUCUCAAAGAAGAUGGAGCAGGAACCCCCUAUGACAAGGAAUCCACGGCUAUUAUAAAGUUGAAUAAUACAACAGUUCUUUAUUUAAAAGAAGUGACAAAGUUCCUGGCUCUGGUUUGCUUUGUCAGAGAGGAAAGCUUUGAAAGAAAAGGGCUUAUUGACUAUAAUUUUCAUUGCUUCCGGAAGGCCAUCCAUGAAGUUUUUGAGGUGAGAAUGAAAGUGGUGAAAUCUCGAAAGAUUCAGAAUCGGUUGCAGAAGAAAAAAGGAGGCACCCCUAACGGGACCCCCAGAGUGCUGCUGUAGGUGAGGCAUCAAGGAACAGCUUUUGAAAUCAUACCUCUUUGAGGAGGCUGCUGAGUCAUGUUGCACAAAAGGAAGAGGAAGGAGAUGGGACACGUGACAUGGAUUUGUUGUAAAAAAAAAAAAUUCGUACACUCUCUUGAUCUUCUCUUUUUUAAAAUAAAGUAAGCACUUUGAAGCAAAAACUUGUAUAUUAACAAUGAAGCGAAAUCUACUGUACUUUCAUUAUACAAAUGUAAACUAUUGUGGUCUGUAGUCAGAAAACAAUUCAUGUGAGAAUUGCCAGGAACUGUACAUAUUUUGCACUUUUUCACGUUUUUUUCUCAUUGAACUGAACUUUGAUAAAAAUGACUUUUCUAAGCUUUUUUCUGUACGUGGUGUCAAAGACAUGCAUACUGUAGUCUAUAUCCGUAUGGCAAUCAGAAUUUAUCAAAAAGUGAUACAUUGGUAAUGAUUUUUUGUAAAUUUGGGAAUCUUUGCUACCAGUUGUUGAGAAAAAUCAUUUUUCAGUGGAGUUAGAACAGAUCGGGGCUACAAACUCCGGGAGCAAUAAGAACUGUCUGCUAUUUAUAAUAGUGUAAACAGAGUUUUAUAGAAUAAUAUAAGCGCCAAACUCACCUAAAAAUUUCUAUAGCCAUAGUUAUGCGUCCCAACUCAACAGUUUUUAUGAAGCUCUUUACCUCAACACAUAUCUAUAUAAUCACUUUAUAUAGAGAGAUUAUUUCUUUUUAUGCAUUACUAUUUUUUAGAACCUUUGGGACCAUAUUUCCAAAAUAGUGCCAAUGUCGAUCACUGGAGAAAAUAAGAAUGUCGCUGAGUUGCAGGUUUUCUGGAGGCUUUUCUGUAUCUGCUACCCAGGGCUAAAGAAACAUCAGAGGGUAAAAGUUUCCCAAAUGUCUGUGAUUGGCAACUGCAGACUAACAAGAAUAUGUAUAGUCCCUAUAUGUUUAGCCCCUGUGAAAUGACCUGUUGAUGUGCUACAUUAAAAAUGUUUAUUUAGGGCUAGUUUUUUAUUGCUCCAUGAUCCCAGUGAAUGGAGCAAGUCUCAGACCCCUACAGGGAGCUUACUCCCUUUGGUCAUACUUGUCACCUCUUGGUUUCCUCUUUGUUUGAACCAUGUGCCUCGUGUGCUCUGUCUGGUCCCACCUUACACUGAACUAGAGCUCAGUUUGCCACCAGCAUGCUCUGCAAGGCCAAAGAGCCAUCCUGAAAACUCCUGAUGGUCAGUGGGAAAAGGAUGUUGCAGGUGGCAUUUCAAUGAGCUAUGUAAUUGUUUCAACGAAAUCCUUUGACUUAUGUCUAAUUUAGACUUAAAAGAAAUUAAGACCCUAAAUCUACCCAUAUGUCAAAGCAUUCCACAUAGAUAGUUCUAUGUCCAUCCCAGGGGUUAACACAACACACUAAGACAUGCUUGUGGGACAUCAGAAAAAAAAAUUUUUUUUUAAAUAGCAGAGCCUCCUAAAGUCAUCAAAGCUGGUCCUAGCCAAAUGUAUAAAGUACCUAAAGCAGCUUUCCUUGAAACUCUCCUAUUUCUAUCUGCAGCUACUUCCCAUCCUCUCUUCUCUCUUUUCCCAAGUCCUAGUCCUUUGAAGCUGGUAACUGAAAUUUAAGAUGGUAGCUGGUAGAGGUUUAAGGUUUGAGCCUCCCUAGGAUCUGUGUACUUUGAAAGAAGAUUUAUAAAAAUCAUUAAGGUGCCCUUCUUUCCUUCUUCAUGAUUCCUACUCAGAAACCUGGAUGAGUAGGAGCCCAAGGUUCCCAAUCUUUUCCCUAAUUUCUAGAGCUCUACCCUGUUGGACCUUUGCCAACAGGCCUGGUACAUAUGGGUUAUUCUUAUAAAUCUAAUUCUCUAAUAUUUUUUACAGAAUGUUUCUCUUUGAAUAAGCAAAUAAAGACUCAGUUUUCUAAUACAACUUUAUCCUCAAGAUAGACACACUUGCAUAUCUGGCAAAUCAUACAUUAGUUAGAUAUAUUAUCACCAGGAAGAGCUUCCAUUUUUAAGAUGAAUAUGUGAUAGAAUUUUGAUAAAAUGUGCCUUAAAAGCCUAUGACUUCAAGAGCAAAUGAUUCUUUGGGGAAAGGUAAAAAUGAUUUUAUGACAUAGGAUCCAAGUUCAUGGUAGUAAGUGCACUCUUUGAUUAAUCACAUGCUAAUAUACAUUACUGCCUCAAUCCUGUAAGUGUGGCAAAGACUAUUUUUUUUUAAAAAAGAGAUUUUUUGCUAUAGGGCAAGUGUGCUUACCAGAGACACACAGAGAGA